GUCAACCACCUCGGAAGCUUGCUAACCAACAUAGCCGAAAGAUUCAAGCUAUUUAUACGCUUUCGGUGUAUAUUAGCUACUGUGUUUUAGACAGACUUCUGUGUCUAAACUUGUUAACCUAUUUAAUUUAAUAUUACGUUAUUUUGUAUUAGUCAGCUAUAGUAGCUGGCUGGUUUAGUUAGCACUAGCCUAGUCGCUAAUGAUAGCUAGCUAACAUCCCCGACCAUGAGUUCACUCAACUACUCUCCUCCUGUUCAAGAAGAGGAGGUCUGCUGGACGGAGAAAGAGGGUCUGUGGCUGAACAUUGUUGUGAAAGAGGAGAAGGAAGAGGAGGAUGUCACAGUUAAACAAGAAGUAGGGGGUGAGGCUGUUACAGUGAAAGAAGAAGAGAAAAACGUUACAGUGAAAGAAGAGGAAGACGCGUUCAGAGUGAAAGAGGAGGAAGAUGUUACAGUAAAAGAAGAGGAGGAUGCAGUUUUUGGAGUGAAGGAGGAGGAGGGGGAGAUGACUGUCACGUUGAAGGAGGAAGAAGAGGAGGUUGGAGAUCUGUUUCACACCAGAGCGAUACUUAACUAUUGUGGAUCCUCUGGGGAGCCUCAACAACCUCAUGAUGCUGAAGAGGCAGAGAAGAGUCUCUCCGGAUCAGAACAACUUAAUAAACACCUGCAGAGAUCCACAGGGAAGAGAACUCACUGCUGCUCUGACUGUGGGAAGAGAUUCACUUCAUCAGGCAUUAAAAUUCAUCAGAGAACACACACAGGAGAGAAAUCUUAUAGCUGUGGUCAAUGUGGGAAGAGUUUUGGUCAAUCUGGCCAUCUGACUCAACACCAGAGAACACACACAGGAGAGAAACCUUAUAGCUGUGGUCAAUGUGGGAAGAGUUUUGGUCAAUCUUGCCAUCUGACUCAACACCAGAGAACACACACAGGAGAGAAACCUUACAGCUGUGGUCAAUGUGGGAAGAGUUUUACAACAUCUGGCUCUCUGACUCUACACCAGAGAACACACACAGGAGAGAAACCUUAUAGCUGUGGUCAAUGUGGGAAGAGUUUUGGUCGAUCUGGAGAGCUGACAGUUCACCAGAGAACACACACAGGAGAGAAACCCUAUAGCUGUGAUCAAUGUGGGAAGAGUUUUGGUCGAUCUGGAGAGCUGACAGUUCACCAGAGAACACACACAGGAGAGAAACCUUAUAGCUGUGGUCAAUGUGGGAAGAGUUUUGGUCAAUCUAGCCAUCUGACUCUACACCAGAGAACACACACAGGAGAGAAGCCUUACAGCUGUGGCCAAUGUGGGAAGACCUUUGGUCAAUCUAGCCAUCUGACUCUACACCAGAGAACACACACAGGAGAGAAACCUUAUAGCUGUGGUCAAUGUGGGAAGAGUUUUGGUAGAUCUGGCCAGCUGAUAUCACACCAGAGAACACACACAGGAGAGAAACCUUAUAGCUGUGAUCAGUGUGACAAGAGAUACUCUGAUAAAAGAUCUCUGAUCAAACAUCAGACAAUGCAUACAUGAAGGAGUUAUUUCAUGAUAUCAAUGAAUUAAUGUCACAAUGUAGAAUGUUUUGAUGUUGUUGGAGUAUUUUAAGGAAUUUCACAAUGUAGAACCCUAAACGCUUGCCCCAUUCAAUUGAUUUCAGUGUGAUAUGGAUAUUAGCCUUGGGAAAAAUCCAGGCUCUGAAUUGAAAGAGUACUAUUUAUGUGAUUUAACAAAAAGUGACCAACACAAAAUGAGUUGUGUUACACUUACCGUGUUGGUGACCCACUUGAAUCAAAAUGCAACACUUCAAAAUGUAGCUAGAUGUUUUCUACAAGUUGUCCUCUAAACAGUGAUGUACACAUUAUUCCCAGAUUCCGUGUGGUUUUUGAGCUGUUAGUUUUAACAUCCUCUCUGCACAAUUGAUUUUGACAUGAUAUCGAUGAGUGAUGACAAAUAAGUGUUGCAUUCCAUUGUUUAGCGACCUCUAAAUUUAAAUGCAUCACUCCAAAAUGUAGCUGACUGUCUUCUGCAGGUUGUCCUCUAAACCAGUGAGGUAAAAUAUAUCUCCCAU